AUGGCUUAGACAAUUGUCAUUGCCAUCGAAAGUAUGAUGAAUAUUCUGAAUGGUGUGGAGAUUUUGAUUACAUCUCCUCUAAAAUUAUUCUAUUUAAUUUUCAUACCAAGAUUCACCAAUCAUGCAGCAAUUUUCCAGUUUAUGUAAAAAGAUAAUUCCUCAAGGGUGAUUUGGUUUAUUGAUAAUGCUAUUAACGUAUGGGUAAUUGGAAUUUCAUGGAUUGGCAUUUCCUAAAAAAUGGAGGCGGAUACUACAAAUUCCACAUUUUAAUUCCAAGAUCUAGAUCAGGCUUGA